UAUAAAAGAAAACGCCACCAUUUUCCGCGACGGGGAUUUUUUGCAUCGCUUCGCGGAGGGAAAAUGGCGGAAACCAAACCGUGGAUUUUUUUCUCCAUCUCGUGUUUUUCGAAUCGAGGCGAAACAUUAUUCCAGAAUUAGACAAUUUGGGAAAACCGGUUGUUAUGAAACGCAGUGAUUGUGACGCACCUUUCGCGGUCCAAGGUGGCGCCCAAAUCCAAACAUGGUGGAGGUUACGUCCUUACCUCGGUUCCUUCGAAGUCCAGUUCCUUAAACCUGGGUCAAAGACCGUUAACGUCGGCAGCGUCAGGGAGGACCCCUGGCGUGUGGCCAAGAUGGUGAAGUCAUACCUCCAGCAACACAACAUCCCGCAACGCGAAGUAGUAGAUACUACGGGUCUGAACCAGUCGCACCUGUCGCAGCACCUGAACAAGGGGACCCCCAUGAAGACGCAGAAGAGGGCCGCCUUGUACACCUGGUAUGUCCGGAAGCAGCGCGAAGUGGCGCAACAGUUCACACACGCCGGCCAAGGCAUGAUGGCGGAAGACGCGGCGGCGGAGGACCUCCCGGCGAAGAAAGGGCGCAGGAACCGCUUCAAGUGGGGCCCGGCGUCGCAGCAGAUCCUCUUCCAAGCCUAUGAAAGGCAGAAGAACCCCAGCAAAGAGGAACGGGAGGCUUUGGUAGAGGAGUGCAACAGAGCAGAGUGCCUUCAGCGUGGCGUAUCUCCCUCUCAGGCCCAAGGCCUGGGGUCCAACCUGGUAACAGAGGUCCGCGUCUACAACUGGUUCGCCAACCGCCGCAAAGAGGAGGCCUUCCGCCACAAACUCGCCAUGGACAGCUACAAUGGGGCGCCGCCAGGCACUGCCUCCGCUACGUCCCUCCAGCCACCGCCGCCACCGCCAUCGCUCUCGCCUAGCAAGGUCCACGGUGAGUCUCCAUUUAUAUCCUUCAACGGACUGAGAAAGGCUAUGUAUAACUUGUUGUUUGUGUUAUUUAGAGCAACAACAACAACAACAAAAUGUCUCCUUCUCCGACUCCGGAAUGAGGUACAACCAGCAAACGGUCAGCGAGAACGGACCCUCUGACGAAAACUCUGUCGCGACUACGCAAACCAUCAUGCACCAGGUGUCGCCCCCCGGGCUCUGUGC